GAGAAUGUUUAAAUAUACAGCAGGGCUACUUUUGGCACAAAUCUACGUUCUUUAGUACAAUCUGCAUCGUUUGGAUGGAAUAAAAAGCUUAAAAGGCGCACUGAAUGAACCAAAUCUGGUAAUUGGUACUCUAUUAAUAACCUAAAACAAAGCAAGAAUAUGUUGCCAAACUAAUGCUUUUUACCUUUUUCAAUUCUACAAUUCACUGCAAAUACCUACAGACACGGUAACCCUAAUUAACUGUUUUGCCAAUGUCAUAAUUUAAAUGCCUCACGUUUUCGCUUUAUAUUCAACAUCACGCACUUAACCAUAUAUAGCGUUAAUCGCGUACCGCUAUGGUAUGAAAGUAUUAUUUUGCGCCCAUUCAUGCGCUAAUAUUUGUCGAACUUUCUCUCAUGUCUAAGGCUAAUCACGGGUCGAAUCGGGUGCGAAUACUCAAAGUACACAUGACGUAGAACUUUAAAGUCCACAGAUUGGACAUUUGCUUAUGCUAAAAGUUGAAGUUUACGAUGCAAACAUUUCAUUACCAAGAAAUUUGUAAUUAGGCUGUUUAUUUCGAUUUCAGAAGAAAGAAUUUAGAACAUUGAUAUACGACUAGGCCACUUUAGUAAACUGUCAGUAUGGGUACCUGGCCGCGCGUUAUACUAUUCGGAGAUUCUUUAACCCAGCAUGGUUACGAGGGUUUAGGUUGGGCAGUGCGGAUAAGUAGCCUUUUGCAGCGAAAAUGUGACGUCAUGAAGGGAUAUUCUGGUUACAAUACUAAUUUCGCGGUUAAAGUGCUGGACAAGGCUUUGGAUCAAUCUCUUUUGCAGAAUGUUGCAGUAAUCACCAUAUUCUUUGGGGCAAAUGACGCUAGCUUGGAGGACAUGAAUAAAUGGCAGCAUGUUCCAUUGAAUGAUUAUGAAGACAACCUGAAGAAAAUGAUCAAACAUUGUGUUGAUCAUGGUGUUUCUAAAGAAAAAAUAAUAUUUAUAUCCCCACCACCAGUAGAUGAAGCUUUGUGGUUAAUAAAAAUGAAGGAAAUGGGGUUACCAUAUGACACAUCAGAUCGAAAAUUGAAAGUGACAGAAAAGUAUGCUGAAGUCUGCAAAAAGGUUGCCAAUACGGCUGGCUGCAAAUAUAUUGACUUAUGGAGUGCCCUGAUGAACACUGCAGACCUAAAGAAAUAUCUAUCUGAUGGUUUGCAUCUAAAUGAUACAGGCAGUCUAUUAUUAGCAGAUUGCAUUACCCCUGUUAUCCAAGAAUUGACCAGUCAUUUACCUAUGCAAUUACCUGCUUGGGAUGUGUUUGAUUUAUAGGCGAAUAAGUAGUAUAUGUGAACAGGUUUAUUUCUACUUAAAAUAUUGAAGUAAUUCUUGCAUAUAACCAUGCAUAACUUACACUACAGCAUAUGUUCGGUGGUGAUAUUCGUAUAUUACUUUCUUGUGGUAUAACCAUGUAUGGUUUAACUUAAAGAAAAGUUCAUCCACAUAUACAUACAGUACACUAUUGAUGAAAACAAAAAUAAAAAGCUUAGGUUGUAUAGU